GUCCCCGUCCCGGCAGGGAGGGCUCCGGGGAAGGCAGCGCCGCGCUCUCGGGGGUCUCCGCGGUGUCAUGUCCAACCAAGGGGCCCGGAGGAACGGGCCCGUCAAGCUCCGACUGACAGUUCUCUGUGCAAAAAAUUUGGUGAAAAAAGAUUUUUUCCGGCUUCCUGAUCCAUUUGCUAAAGUGGUGGUUGACGGAUCUGGCCAGUGCCAUUCUACAGAUACUGUGAAGAAUACCCUUGAUCCAAAGUGGAAUCAGCAUUAUGACUUAUAUAUUGGGAAGUCAGAUUCAAUAACAAUCAGCGUGUGGAACCACAAGAAAAUCCAUAAAAAACAAGGAGCUGGUUUUCUAGGUUGUGUGAGACUUCUUUCCAAUGCCAUCAACCGCCUUAAAGACACUGGUUAUCAGAGGCUGGAUCUGUGCAAGCUUGGGCCAAAUGACAAUGAUACUGUUAGAGGACAGAUAGUAGUAAGUCUUCAGUCCAGAGAUCGCAUAGGCACAGGAGGACAAGUUGUAGACUGCAGCAGACUAUUUGACAAUGAUUUACCUGAUGGUUGGGAAGAGAGGAGGACAGCCUCUGGAAGAAUUCAGUAUUUAAAUCACAUUACACGAACAACACAGUGGGAGAGACCAACACGGCCAGCAUCUGAAUAUUCCAGUCCAGGUCGACCACUAAGCUGCUUUGUGGAUGAGAACACGCCCCUUACUGUAAUAAAUGGUGCAACAUGUGGACAGACAUCUGACCCUAGGCUGGUGGAAAGAAGAGUGAGGUCUCAAAGGCACAGGAACUACAUGAGCAGGACUCAUUUACAUACUCCUCCUGAUUUACCUGAAGGAUAUGAGCAAAGGACAACUCAGCAAGGGCAGGUGUAUUUCCUACAUACUCAGACUGGUGUAAGCACGUGGCAUGAUCCCCGCGUACCUAGGGAUCUUAGCAACAUCAAUUGCGAAGAGCUUGGUCCUUUGCCUCCUGGAUGGGAGAUCCGAAAUACAGCAACAGGCAGAGUUUAUUUUGUUGACCAUAACAACAGAACGACACAGUUUACAGAUCCACGGCUAUCGGCUAACUUGCACCUGGUUCUAAACCGUCAGAACCAACUUAAAGAUCAUCAGCAACAGCAGCAACAGCAACAGGUGGUGUCGUUGUGCCAGCUUCCAGAUGAGGCUGAAUGUCUGACUGUGCCAAGGUACAAGCGGGACCUUGUGCAAAAACUCAAGAUUUUGCGGCAAGAGCUGUCCCAACAGCAGCCUCAAGCUGGACAUUGUCGCAUAGAAGUCUCCAGGGAAGAAAUUUUUGAGGAGUCUUACAGGCAAGUCAUGAAGAUGAGGCCUAAAGACCUGUGGAAGAGAUUAAUGAUAAAAUUUCGUGGGGAAGAAGGCCUCGAUUAUGGAGGAGUCGCCAGGGAAUGGCUCUAUUUGCUCUCCCAUGAAAUGCUGAAUCCAUAUUAUGGCCUCUUCCAGUAUUCACGUGAUGACAUAUAUACGCUACAGAUAAAUCCAGAUUCUGCUGUUAACCCGGAACACUUAUCCUACUUCCACUUUGUUGGACGGAUCAUGGGGAUGGCUGUAUUUCAUGGACAUUACAUCGAUGGGGGCUUCACAUUGCCUUUUUAUAAGCAGUUGCUAGGGAAGCCUAUUACAUUGGAUGACAUGGAACUGGUUGACCCAGAUCUUCACAACAGCUUAGUAUGGAUACUGGAGAACGAUAUUACAGGAGUCCUGGACCAUACUUUUUGUGUGGAACAUAAUGCAUAUGGAGAAAUUAUACAACAUGAACUGAAACCUAAUGGCAAAAGCAUUCCUGUCACAGAGGAGAAUAAAAAGGAGUAUGUCAGGCUUUAUGUAAACUGGCGAUUUUUACGAGGAAUUGAAGCCCAGUUUCUGGCUCUGCAGAAGGGAUUUAAUGAAGUAAUUCCACAGCAUCUCCUGAAGACAUUUGAUGAGAAGGAAUUGGAGCUCAUCAUUUGUGGUCUCGGAAAGAUAGAUGUGAAUGACUGGAAAGCCAACACAAGGCUGAAGCACUGCACACCAGACAGCAAUGUUGUGAAGUGGUUCUGGAAAGCCGUAGAGCUCUUUGAUGAAGAGAGGAGAGCCCGGUUGCUGCAGUUUGUGACUGGGUCCUCCAGGGUGCCUCUGCAGGGUUUCAAAGCAUUACAAGGUGCUGCUGGCCCAAGACUAUUUACAAUUCACCAGAUUGAUGCUAGCACAAAUAACCUGCCAAAAGCCCACACAUGUUUCAAUCGAAUAGACAUUCCUCCUUAUGAAAGCUAUGAGAAGCUCUAUGAAAAGCUGCUGACUGCCAUUGAAGAAACAUGUGGAUUUGCUGUGGAAUGAACAUUUGCAGACUUGCCUGGGACUGUAUUUAUACUCCUGUCAAGCAGAAAACUCCCCUCAGCCAUGACACAGUAAAUGCUUGAAAUAUAGGAAACUUUCUCCCCCUGCCCCUUUUUCUACCUUAGGACAAUAUGAGGGAAAGGAGCAUCUUUGGAAUUCUUCAUGCAAGAAAAAGUCCUGUGGCUCCUGCCAAGGAAUCACUCAGCUGCUAUUAACAACUAGUAUCUUGAACAUACAGAAUGCUGGCUUUCCCCUCGUUUCAACAGUCAAGCAGUAUUCUUCUCGCAGAAAGACGACUACUAUUUUUGUAAAAGGUUAUCUGAUCUAUUUACCUACCUGAUUUCUAUUCUCACAGGUUGAAGACACAGCUGUCGGUACAAGUCAUGUCCCAGCCUACUUGCCUAAACAUGUGAUACUGAACAGCAACCUGCUAUUUUUUUAAAUAAAAUAUUUUGACUAUUCUAAUUUUUGCAUAAAAUUGGCUUAAGAAAUCAUAAAUCUUUUAAAUUAAGGCCACUUAAAGAUAAACUGUGUUUUCUUAGUGAAUGAUUUUAUUCUGUUAUGAAUUCAACUUCAGUGUUCCUUGUGUAAGGGUUUUUAUAUUCCUCAAGCAUGAAUUACAGGUUUUGGGUCCUGUUUUUCUCUUGCCAGAUUUCUUUAAGAGAGUCCUGGUCUGAGUUAACUUGCACUGCAUUUGGUACAGUACUUUGUGGUAAAUGUGGAAACCCCUUUUUAAAAUACAUUCUAGACAUUUAGCAUUUUUUAAAUAAGCAUUUUUGUAAAAAGUCAAUACUUGAGUGUUUUUUUAAUUUGCUUUCCAUUUUAAAUGGAACUGCUGCAUUUUUUAAACUCCUAAAUGUAUGUUGAUGAUAUCAACAGCCUUCUGCCAGGUCAUUAGUUCACCUUUCAAAACCUUCUGUGGAUGUCAUACCAACCAAAGGUUUUAUGUUGAGAUUCAGCCAACCCACAUUUAUAUUGUUGCUAAAUAAUCCAGGUUAAAAAAAUAUUUAUUUUUAACUGCUUCUGACAUAUGGGUUUGUGUUAGCUACAGCUAAGGGAAAAAUAGGCAUGCAAUGGACUCAGAAGACUAGAUGAUCACUUAUCUAAAAUGCAAAAGUUGCAUAACAUGCUCUGAUAAAUAACUGGCUGGGACACAUCAGAGGUUAUUGUGGUAAUGAACAGAUAUGCAAAAUUAUUAAAUACAGAGAGCAUAUUCAGAUGGGGUGGAGUGCACUGUUGAUAGCAGUCAUGUGAGGAAUCCUCUAUCAAUAACUAUAUAUAUAUUUGGCAUUGUAUAAUAGCUUGUGAGUUCCCCAUGUAAGCUUUCCUUGUAGUUAUGUGGGUAUGGUUACUGCAAAAUGUCCAGCCCAUUAUGGUAUACACUUUGAUUUCCCCAUAAAUUUGCAAACCUAGAUACCCAGCUGUGCAGUGGAAACAAGUAGAGCUUACAUGUUUGAACGAAUCCUUGAGAACUAUGAUCCAAAUUGUCAGUACGGGUUCACUCUCCCAUCCAGAAACAAGUGACGGCAAGCAGUGGAAGUCAUACUAGAAGAACUAAUCAUAAGUAGCCAUCUAAAACUAUCACUGCUUCUGUGCUAACGAUAAUCAAACAUGCCAAGUGUAUUGAGAGAGCCUGGAAGCUGCCAGUGCAGGCUCCUCGGUCUUGCUUAUUUUCUCUGGCAUGAGAACUGUUUUCAACAAACAGAUAUCUAAAAUAGAGAAAGGAGAAAGUAAGUAGGGCAGAAGACGUUCACUAGAUAGUAUAUUGCCUGGUCUGACUUGACCCAAGUGCUGAAGGCCAGGGCGCAUUGCAUCUUGAGAGGCAGGACUUGGAGAAGUGAGAAUGUGUUGCAUUUUCCAUCUGUAGAACUAAUGAUACAAGAAGAUCUCUGAUAUCCUUGCUCUUAUGUAAUAUGCAGGCAUAUUGGAUUAUGAAACAUUGCACAAAUUAAGGCAGCUGUAAGUAGACCAUAUGGUGGGGAUAGAUGGUCUAUUUAUGACUAUGUUGUUGAAUGGUGGGAAUAGCUUGGUGCUCUUUCUGGUACUUCACUUUCCUUGCUCAUGGACUGCAACAGAGCUGUUAUUCAAAGCUUACUUCUGCACACAUUUGAUCGUAUAAACAUGGGGAUGAUUUGAAAUUCAGACUUAGCCCUAACUAGGGAAUCUGCUUUGUUGCUAUGCUAUCUGAUGUUGUCACUUUUUCCCAGAACAACUCUAGGAUAACUUCCACUCCUCUUUCAGGUUUCAGGAACAGCAUUUACUCAGUUUCCUUCAGCCUUUGUGUUGCUUGGAGUACUGGUUUUCAUAUCCACUGCUGGGCUUUCAAGUGUAAGUCCCCUGCAGAGCUUUCCAAUAGAUCCCAGCCUUUUGUAAAUUAUUCUUGAGAACUUUCAAAAGCGGCCAUUCUCCCUUUAAACACAUUGUUGUAGAGCUUUUGGGCAAAGCAAGGACUGCCUUGUUGCAUGUUCUGUAUGGAAGGUCAAAUACAUUUUUCUCUGCAGAAUUAUCAUGUGAUUCAAGAUAAUAGCCUUGCCCUUACCUUGCUCUAGGAUGCGUCCAUUUUGCAUCAGAUUUUGCUGAAUGUUACGGUCUCCAUUGUUGGUUUCUGCUCAUUUUGUAACAACUUGUGUUUAUCCAUGUAUUAUGAAAUGCAGCCUAAUUGCUCCAGAAUGGUAAAUGAGUACUUUUAAAAGAGAGUAUGCUUGACAGACCUCAGUGAAGAGAGUUUGGAAAAUUAAAUCCAGUCUACUACCAAAACUUAAGUUUAGGAGUUAACUCCAUUGUCAUCCUGCUUUAAAUACUUGGUUUUCAGAGAUCCUUCUGUCACUACAGGGCUAACUUUGUGAAAUGAAAUUCACACAAUUAGACAAAAUAAAAGCAUUUCUACAUACUGCUGUGACUACCCUGAGCAGACUGAUGCAAAUUGAGUGCCUUUUUAUCAGCAUAUCCAUUAAAAGCUUUAAUACACACAACCUGCCAGGAGCUUCUCUGGACCCAUCAGCUGUAGUUUUAUAGCCAUUUUUCCCAGCACUAAACCCAGGAUUGCGUUGGACCUUUGAAUUUUCACCCCAGAUUUAAAUGUGAAUAUUUAUUUCCAACAUGUCCCCCUUUCUACAUGGCUUCUUCAUCCAUCCUGAAUUUGCUUUAAAUGGUUGAGAGAGAUGCCAUCUCACAUUUCCAUGCUUUUCUUUUCAUUAAUGAAUGUGUUAAUAUGGAUUGUGACUCUUUGGUAGAGUUCAAAUAUACAUUACUCAGUUGCGUUUCAGAUUUAAUUUCUAGAUGUAAAAUUUUUGUAAUGGUGCUUUGUACAGUAUGUAAUCUAUUUUUUGCACAUAGGUUCAGUUUCCCUAAAGUGAUUUUUAUUUUUACCAAAAUGUUGUGAUGUACUAGAGUCCAGAGCACACAGGAUUGUUUUGUUUUUAUUCUUGUUCUACAACACUAAACCUCUGUUAAACCUCUGGUGCAUUUAAACUGGCUGCAUUAAUGAAAGUAUGAGCUUUGCUUCUGAUCAUACAUCAUAAUGUAGCAUGAUCCUGUUGCUUCAGACUUUAAACUACACCAUAUAGUUAAUAGGUGCAAUUUGUACUUAGCAUACUCUUUGUUAGUAGACUUCUGUCUCUACCAAAUUCUAAGAGCUUUGUCUGUAGCUAAAACUAGUCUAUAUUUGGUAUGAUUUUCCCACUUCCACAGACUGACAGGUUUUUUUUAGUUGCAUUUCUAUUGUAUUUAUUGCAGAGUGUUUUAGCAUUGAUAUUCAUUGUAUUUUCACCAAGCUGUUACAUGAGCUUUAACAAUAGAUCUGUAUAAAAUGUUUUUUAAGUAUAUACCCAUGCAGAAGUUGAGCAAUAAAUUUGUAUGCUGUUUGCACUGUCACAGCAUCAAUGGUUUUAA